AUGCCAACGUGCUGGAUCAACGUCCUCCUCUGGAGAAUUGUGGACGAUGUACUAGAAGGAGGUCUGGAAGAAUUUGCAAAGGCAUACCCCUACGGCACUGUUUUGCUACAAAUUCGUGAGCCAUCAUCCUGGCAUGCCUCUUUGCAUCGCUGGAGCGCCAUGGAUAAAAAGUUUUCCGGUCACCCCGGCUGCCGAAAAAAGGGUGUCACGCCUCAUCCUCGUGCCACUAAAUUAAUGUGGUUUGACUACUAUGAGGCCUACACCAAACGAGUACGACAAACCAUGGAACUCUUCCCCACAGUGAACUAUGUGGAAGUACCCCUGUCCAAAGAGAUUGGGCCCACCACAGACAACAUUUUUGGGUUCUCCCAGGAAUCAAAUUGCUGGAUACACAAGAACAGCAAUCCCGGACGACACUGA